GGUAUUAACAGCUUCAAUCAAACCUAACCUUUAUUUUAAACUUUUACAGCUUCAACAUUCUUUACUGCACACACACACUGAAAACGCACCUUUAAUUAAUAAUAACCUUCGAUUGAUAUGCCAUCUCUCGUAUAGUCUUUCAACACCACAAUGGCAACCGAAACGGCGCCACCGCCCUCCAACAUUCCUCCCACCUCCUCCUCCUCCUCAUCACCACCAUCACCACCAUCAUCAUCGUCUCCAUCCGCAUCCACAUCUACCACGACGACCACCACCUCCUCCUCUCCAUACCCCUACGCCUUCGCCCCCGACAUAAUCCGCGCCCACCAGAAGGACGCCUACUUCCAGGGCCUCCUGACGAACCAGCUAUCCGAGCUUCACCGACGGCUCCUCGGCGCCCGGUCCGCGCACGCCUGGGCCUCCGAGUCCCGCACCCUCGCCGACCUCCUGUACCUCUCCCUCACCACCCUCGUCGGCAACCGCACCCUCGGCGAGGAGUACUGCGGCCUCGUCCAGGUCGAGUCCCCCUCCGGCGCCCUCCCGUCCCUCCGCCGCCGCGCCGCCUACAUCGCCGGCAGCAUCCUCGCCCCCUACGCCCUCUCCCGCUUCCUGCCCAAGAUCCGCGCCCGCAUCCGCGCUCGGCUGCAGCGGAACUUGGGCCUCCAGCCCGGCGACGGUAACGGUACCGCGGAAGAGGUAUCCGCCAAGCUGAAAACCCAAAAACACCAACACAGGAAGACGAUAUCCUGGUCGUACAAGCUCCAGGCCUACCUCCUCACCCACCUCACCUCGCUCACGUCCCCCUCGCACGUCCACGCCGUCAGCCUCGCCCUCUUCUACUUCGGUGGGUCGUACUACGAGCUGGCGAAGCGCCUCGCCGGGCUAAGAUACGUCUUCACCCGCAAGGCGCCGUCGCCCGAGUCCUCCUCCGACCGCGCCGCCGGCUACGAGCUCCUCGGCGUCCUGCUGGCCGUGCAGAUGGCCGUCCAGGCGUACCUGCACGUGCGCGCGGCGCUGGCCUCGGCCUCCGACGCGCCCGACACCGCCGCCGCCCUCGAGGCCACGUCCUCGAGCGUCGAGCGGCCGAGGUCCGGCGGGAUCCUCGCCGUGUCCCUGGACAACAACGCGUACUCGUCGAACAAUGAGCUCCUGCUCGCCACGGCGGCGGGUUCGGCCCAAGGGGGCGGCGCCGGCGGCACGAGAAUCGACAUCCUGGCCGCGACGCACACCCCGCCGCCCCCCGGCGGCCCGAGCAACCCCCGGUACGACCUGGCGGACGACAGGGGCAUGCGCUGGAUCAAGGGCACCCAGCAGCGCAAGUGCACGCUGUGCCUCGAGGAGCUCAAGGACCCGUCCGCCACGCCGUGCGGCCACGUCUUCUGCUGGGCCUGCAUCGGCGAUUGGGUUCGCGAGAAGCCCGAGUGUCCGCUGUGUCGGCGCGAGGCGCUGGUCCAGCAUAUCCUGCCGCUGCAGGCUGUUUGAGCUUCGUAGAAAU